AUGCUUAAUUCAAUAAACAGAAAGAAGACACAGUUCAUGAAGAACGCCUACUGCGAGGACGGAGGUGUACAACUUGAAGGCUUCAAAAUCGUGGAAACUUCGUCAUACGUAUACCUCGGAUAUUCUAUGAAUAUGGAAAACGACUUGAAGGAAGAAUUGAAUAGAAGAAUGAGGGCAGCAUUCGCAGCCGUCAGGGAAGCUACGGACCAACUGACGGACCAAGAUCCUCGUGCCCAUCUGUUCGACUCGACAGUUCUUCCAGCGCUUUGUUACGCAGCGGAGACGUGGGCAGACACCUCUGCCACGUCUAGAAAGCUACUUACUACCCACAGAGCCCUUGAGAGAUUAAAGAUUUUACCGAAGUUUCUGAAGUUUAACCGGCGCACACAAUACCUAGCCGAUCUUCGCAGCUCCGAUUUAAGAGGAAUGUCCCCUCUUCGCGACCCAGCGGAAUAUGUAUCGAAAGCAAAACAUAGAUAG